AAGUGGCGUAUUAAGCCAAAGAGUAUUUAGGUCAUAUGCACACGGGCGACGCUUCCACCAUACACGUACGCCGCACCUGCCAGGAUCUUCUGCGCCAAUAUGCCGACUUCAUACAUUUCUACAGUGCCAGGUCUGCUGAAGAUUAUUGAGGCUGUAUUAUGUCUGGGUGGUUUUAUAUCUGCCAUAAUCCCCUAUGAUUGGACAUCCGCUGGCGGUGGGUGGACUCAAUUUGUCACCAUUACAGCCCUUUUUGGCGUUGUUGGCAUAUUGAUCGCCAACAUGUUCUUGGUUGAAAAGUUACCACCGAUUUUCCCACUACUAGUGCUGAUAUUCUACGCGGUGUAUGACUUGUUUCUCCUAAGUGCCGGCAUUCUGACCGCCGUCCGAGCUGGCCAGGUCUACACAGUUCUCAUAUUUCUCACAGGGUAUAACUUAUACCAAUCUAUAGCAGCCGCCGCAUUUUUUGUGCUGGCAGCCUUCGUCGUUUUCGUCAUCGACACCAUUUUGUCGUUCUCAGCAUGGCGGGCGUCCUCUGCUCAGACACAAUCUUCUUCUACACAUACAACAGCAACGACCACAAGUAAAACCACUGUAGUCGUCUCUUGAUUGGCUGUCGUCUUCUCAAUAACCACUAUAUUCUGAUGACUGACAUUUGGAGCGAGAAUACUGUCUGAGUAAGAUAGAAUAAUCCAACGCGGUGAAUACCUGCGUACUACAUCCUACUGGGAAAAAAGUAAUAGCUAUUGGCAUAAAUGUAUGUCUAUGCGUUUUCAUAGUCCAGUUUUUUUUAUAGAUAUGACUAAUACGUAGUAAGAUUUCCUAAGCAUCCUUUCUGUAGAACAUUUGUAAGGAUGUCACACUGGGAAAACAUGAAUACUGUUGGGUAGUUUAUUAUUUUAUUCACCAGUUAUUCUAUUAUAUGUGAUGAAAUCUACCAGUUAGUGGCAGUACGUGGAGGAUUUCCUCUCCGUGUCGAAUGUUUCUGAAAUGGGUCCGGAUGUGUGAGGUCAGGUGUCACUUUCAUUAAACUGCGUAUGUCAUAUUUGUCGAAACUUUUUUCGUAAAAGACGUUGCCUGGGUUAUAUUGCCAUAAGGCGACGUCAUUUACGAGAAAAGUUACGAAAAAUUGAUUAACGAAGUUUUGUAAAAGUGGCCCGUGGACGAUUAAAGCAGUUUUACAGUCCAGGAGAAAUUGCUUUGGUGCGUGUAUGUAUGUAAUGGUAUCCUUUUAUAAUGCUCUAAGUAAAGGCUUUAGUAAUGUACAUGUGUUAUGUUUGACUGGAUUAAACUUGCUGUAUGAAGAGGGUUAUUAUAGCUGUGUACACGUUAUUUUUGGCAGAACUGAACACCAUGCCAUACCGCUACAGCGUACACGUGCAUAUUAGAUUACUGUCAAAAUAACAAUGAUAGGUUACAGACUGCCACUUUAGCACUAAAGUUGACAAUUAUAAGACUGGUCUGGUGGAAAAAUUGUAUAUUUAUCACUGAGGUGAUAAUCUAGGUAAAACAUUUACUCUGCUGAAGGUGAUAGCUAAUCACCGCCACGUCACUGAUCAUAAGUAUACAGUUUUUCCAGUAGGCCAGUCUUCUAACUGUCAAUUUUACUGUCAAGAAAUGAAUUUUAAGGGAUCGUUAAUCUAUGAAUAAUUCAUUCUCUGUCCAGUACAAGUUUACACCUGUUCCACCAUGUACUUAUUUUCUUAUUAUCCUUGUAUAUCUAUUUUCCCCUAUAUUCAUGGAUUUCUUACAGUAUUGGAGUAACAGUGCUUGGUUGGUAUACCUGCCAAUAAGAAGCGACAUCAAACGCGAAGUAAAGAAAGUAAAAGUUUAAACCCAUUUCUCUACACAGAAGAAUUAAGUUCUAUAGUAAAACAAAAAGUUUUAAGGGAAGGUUUCAAUCUUUACGUCUACUGACUUUUGAUGACACGUUUUAUUAUCGUCUUUAUGUUCAUCCGUCUGUCCGUUUGUUUGUCCGUUAUGAAAUAUGUUGAUGGGGAAUUUAUCUAUGUGUUUAAAUGCUGGGAAACCUUAAUAUUUGUUGAGUUGGAAGUCAAAUGAAAAAUGACCUUUCAUAGUCAUUCCCCUCAAGUUGAAUAUUUCACUUGAUUUUACGACAGACGAAGAAGCCGAGCUCCGUUCAGGUUAGUUAAUGUAACGAUUCUGCUUGAUAGUUAGUGAGGAA